AUGAUGGUUUACGAUGGCCUCGCUACUAGGAGGAGCUACCGCAUGGAGGAUCCGGAUUGUGGUGUCUACUACGUUGUGGGGUUGCUUGGGCGACUAGUAGGUUUGAAGGUUACGGAGCAUGUGUGGGUGUGCGAGAAAGACUAUGGCAAGCCCGUAGGAGUUUGUGAGGAUGAGUUUGAAAGGAGGUUGGGUUGUUAUGGGAGGAGUUGGAGUGCGAGGGACCGGGUAAGGAGCCGUGAUCGAGGUGAAGUUGGUCGGCUAUAG